AGACAAGGCCGUUUAAGUCGUAACCGUUAAUUAAUUUAAUUAAUGGUUUCUGUAAUCAAACAGUACCUGGACUUACAUUACACCUCCCUCGCCUAUUAUGUUCAUGGACUUUCAUUCUGUAUCUGUGCAAGUAGAGAAGUUACAUUUUUAUCCAAUAUUUGCCGUAUAGAUUGUAGGGUCUAACAGAGAAAGGGUUUCCUAAAAAAAAAACAAGGGCAACAACCUGGAGCUUGACAUGUUGUUACAAAUUAUUUUCCUCGCUUGCUUCUUCAGCUUCACCCCUGUCUACUCACAAUGGUGUUCCAGGAAGUACAGGGAAUGUUCCAGAAUGUCUCCUUGCUGUUCUGGUUUAGAUAUACUUAUUUGCUUACCAGCCACCAACAACAAAUCAUACUGUUAUCCACAGUCUGAGUACCUGGAGUUUCUUGCCCAGCAAUUAAAUACUACACCAACAACAUCCCCAGUAACCACAAGUAUUACCGGUAAACAGUGUGCUGGAGGUUACCAAAGCUGUGAAGCCAUGGUGUGUUGUUUGGAUUCAAUGUUCCCUAAAGUGUGUGUACCAACUCCCAGCGGGAAAUUUUGUGUCGACGAAUCUUUAAGGCCUACCACCACCACAACAUGGCACCCUCUGAUGCUGCUGUAGCCGGAUAACUGUGGUUCUGUCAACAGCUUCAUCAAACAAACAAAAAGAAAUUCCACUGAGAGACUACAGGGUUCUUCGACAAAGUGCACUAUCCUAUUAGCUUAAAUUCACUGUCCUUUUAUUAUUGCUGAUGUAAAAAGAAAUAGAUGAAUAUCCUAACAGAAUGUAUAGAGUAAUGACACAAGACGCGUAUAAGUGGAGUUUAAUCGGGUUUUUCCUUAGUGACGUGACGAGUAAUUAAAAAGUAGGAUUACGAACUAGAGACAGUAACGGACAAGACGCCUUAGAGGACGACGCUAGGCUAGUGACGACAGAGGACUGUGCCCUUUUUAUUAUGUAUUAAAUUGUUUGAAGUUA